GAGGAACUUGCAGACAAUAUCUCACAGCUUAUCCAUGUGAUUCAGAAUACAGAGGCUCAGCACUUGUUCAUUCAGACAUUUUGGCAAACUAUGAACCGUGAAUGGAAUGGGAUAGACAAUCUGCGUCUUGAUAAGUACUAUAUGCUAAUGCGUAGGAUUUUGAGGCAAUCCUUUGAAGUGCUGAAAAGAAACGAGUGGGAUGAAAGUCUAAUUGACCUAUUCCUGCCACUACUAGUGAAAGAAAUUAUGGACCCAGACAGCCAUGCUCCCAUGGGGAUAAAGUUACAUUUCAUUGAUAUCUAUCUGGAUGAAUUGGCUAAAGUUGGUGCAAAGGAGCUCACAGCAGACCAGAAUCUCAAGUUCAUUGAACCUUUCUGCAAAAUUGCUGCCAAAUCGAAGGAUCGGUGUGUGCUGCAUGCUGUAGCCACUGGUAUCUUUGAGAUCAUUGUGGAUCAGUCCCCCUACGCCAUCGAGGACCUAAUGAAAGAACUGGGUAGCAACAGUGAUGAAGAGGAUGUGUCUGAAGAAGACAAACAGGAGAAUGAAGAGGUGCUUAAAACUAAAGCAGGCAGAUGUUUGCCAAGAAAAUCAGCGCAGAGCUCUGAAAAAACAGAGGAUGAUUAUGAAAAUGCUGAUGACAGUAUCGGGGCUGUUCUUCAGUUUGAUUAUAAGGCUGUUGCUGACAAACUCUUUGAAUUGGCAAGCAAGAAAAAUACACCUUCCCUUAACAGAAAGCGCCUGUACAAGCUGGUCAAAAAGUUCCAGGACUUAGCAGAAGGAAUCUUUCCCCAAGAUUUUCCCGAAGAUGUUUCUACAGAUGAAGAUGAUGAUGAAUUCAGCAGGGGAAGGCGAAGGAAAAAAGCUGUCAAGCCCUGGGAGAAAAACAAGUUGGAAAAAGUAAAAAAGGAUGAACAAGAGAUGUCAAGUGCAAAGGAGGCAUCAGUUCCCCAGAAGAAGAGGAAAAAAAGGAAGAAGAGGGACAGUCCAAGUGCUGAUUCUGGAACAGCUGAUGGAAAUUGUGAGAAGGGAAUAGCUGAAACAUCUGGAUCUAAUGUUUUUAGCCAGGGAAAGGUGCCAGAAAAUAGCAAGGAAAGGAAGAAAAAGAGAUUGCUAGUAAAUGAGGCAAAUGAGACCACAAAUGUAGCAACUGACACUAGAGAGAAUCACAGUAUCUCUGCGCAGAAUAGUCCGACUGACACAGAACAGAGUAAAAAGGGUCUGUUGAAGAAAAUGAAUCCAAAAGUGCAAAAUGUUCCUCUAAAACCAGCAUGUCAGAAUGGACCAGCUAAUGCCAGUGAGGCAGAGGAUGUCAGCCCAUCUGUCACACCAUUAACUCCUAAGGCUGUGAAAAAGAAGCAGAAAGCAGAGGCUGUCUUGGUGAAUGGGGAAACCCUUUUGCAGCAGACUGAUGUGAAAUCCAACAAGGAGGGCGUGCUGGGGACCCUGUCAGGAGGUGCAGACUCUGAAUCUGUACCCUCCAGAAAGGUCAAAUUGAAGACAAAGACAAAGCUAGUUGGUUUGGAAGGGAUGAAAGUCUCCAGCCAGAAAGCAGCAACCUUGAAGCGAAAAGAGGUGCUAAACUCUGUUGAAACCAAUGGAGUCCUGGAGCCCGCAUGCAAGAAAAGCAGGAAAGGGGAAAGCAGUGCUGCUCUACCGGCAUUAAAGAAAAAGAAAGCAAAACCAGGAAGUGAUUUUAUAAAAUUUGAAAAAACAACUUUACCAAAGGCGGUAUUCUUCAGGAAAGCCAGAAGCGCCAUCUCUUCCACCAGAGCAUCCAUGCAGCUGAACAAGCUGCAGUCGUCCAGCUCCAAAAAAGUCACGUUUGGCUUGAAUAAAAACAUGACUGCUGAAUUUAAAAAGACUGACAAAAGCAUAUUAGUGAGCCCUGAAGGACCCUCCCGUGUGGCUUUCAAUCCUGAACAGAAACCCCGUCAUGGGGUGCUGAAGUCACCCACAGGUACCCCAGCAGGAGAGCCUCAAAUGAAGAAACCAUUUACUAUAUCAGCUAAGAAGAGACCAACUGCUGUGGACUUCUUUUAAACCAACAGAUGUGGCCUACUUUUGUACAGGACGUUUUGCUAACCUAGAAUGUUCUCUGGAGGUAUUUUCAACUUCCUUAUUUUUUUAAGUUAAUGCAAAUUGUAUAUACAAAAUUCUGAUUGUGACCUGGGACAUCGCUAUGUUGACACCGCUUCAGCUGUAUCUUGAAAUACUUGUUUUGUCUAUUUACAGAAAAGAAACAAGAUCCAAUCUCUGAUCAGGUUUGGUCUACAAAAAGUAUGGUCUUUGCCCAUGUCACUCCCGAGAGACUUGUUCAUUUAGUUAAGGGAUGGUGAGAGU